AAACUACAUCUCAUCAUUGAAAACUCCAUGCUUGAGAAGUUAAAUAAUUUGUAUCAUAUAUUUGGUUGAAUUCGUUUCAAUAGCCAGAUUUUACCCAUCAAGAUGGUACUACCUUUAACUAGCCUGUUCAGGAUUACACAAUGCAUCUUAAUAUUUGCCAUCUCAGGUUCCCUGUCAGUGCCCUGCUUAGUCACUCCAGCAGGUAUGAGCACCACCCCCACAAAAAAAGCGGUCUUCCAGUUGGGCAUGAAGAUCACCAACCGAGUCUUCAAUGACUCCCUAUUGAAUCCCAAUUCUGAGGACUACAAGAAAUUGUAUGGCGAGGUCAGCCAAUUGCUUGCUGAUGCCUACAAUUCUCCUACAUCCGGAACAGCAUCCACUUAUGAGGGCGUUGCAACAAUGACUUUCAGAAAUGGAUCAGUGAUCGCAAACGCUGACAUAGUUUUCAACACAAUGUCUAUCAAUAGAUUUGUGGUCCAGUUUGAUUUCCUGGAUCAAAUCAAAGCCAAUCCUUCUGCCUCUCUCCAGAUAGAUACAAAUUAUGUUGAAUGUUCUCCGUCAGUGCCCUACUCAGUCACUCCAGCAGGUAUGAGCACCACCCCAACAAACAAAAUGGUAUUCCAGAUGUGCAUAAAGAUCACCAAUCGGGUCUUCAAUUACUCCCUAUUGAAUCCCAAAUCCGAGGACUACAAGAAAAUGUAUGACGAGGUCAGCCAACUGCUUGCUGAUGUCUACAAGUCUCCUACAUCCGGAACAGCAUCCACUUAUGAGGGCGUUGCAACAAUGACUUUCAGAAAUGGAUCAGUGAUCGCAAACGCUGACAUAGUUUUCAACACAAUGUCUAUGAAUAGAUUUGUGGUCAAGUUUGAUUUCCUGGAUCAUAUCGAAGCCAAUCCUUCUGCCUCUCUUCAGAUAGAUACAAAUUAUAUUGAGUGUAAGACAUACAAAUAUACUAACUGACUGUCCUGGUACUGUACAUCUCUAUUUUUCCAGGCAAACUCUUGUCUGCAGAACAAGAUCUGACAAAGAUGAGCUACAAGCAAAACCAUGUCACAACCUCUGUAGAUACAGUAUAGUUUGUCAAGAAUUUAGCAUGUUAUAUAGGAUGAAAAUGAUUUGAAUGAUUUCAUAUGUUUGUAUUUAUUCCACAAAUCUUGCGCAUAAGUUUUGGGCAACCUUGCUAGUAUUUUUGUAUUGUAUCUGAUGUCUGUUAUAUUCAGAUUUUUCAUUGGCACAUAUCUCAGAUGUUUUGCGUUGCAUCAUGUUCAACUGCUCAAUUGUAUAAUGCUAAAGAUGAAUGUUAAAUCAAAAAUUAAAUCAAAGAGUUCCUUAAUUGGUCAGUUAUUUGAAUCGGGAGUUUACAGUAAUGAUGUAUACAAGCCCUGGAUUGCUAAUGGUAUGUAUUGGCCAUUGACAGGCUUUGAAGACACCAGUCGGCCAUUUUGGCACUCUCCAGUAGGAGCAGUCCUUCACAAGAGUACAUUGAAUUCUACAGUAUUUCAAUUAAAUGUUUCAAGGACAAAAUGACAUGUAUUUAAAUAUUUGUUUAUUGUUGGGACAGUAAUCUCAAAACUAUACUGUAAGGAAACAUUUUUAUAUUAUUUUUAUUUGAAUGUUUAGCUCACAUAAUACAAUGUAAAAGUGUGCAAUAGAAUAGAAUAAAUGUGGCAAAAACAAAUGUAGAAAUAAAAAAAUUCUAUAGCUUCCAAAAUAAAAUAAUGGUGAGGGAGUGUCAAGAUGGAGGCAUGGUGGCUUCAAUAGAGCCCCCCAAAUAGUAAUCAUGUGUAUAUAUAAAUCAUUGGCUAACAAGUGCAGUAAUAAUGUGA